AUGGGCUCAUAUGACAUCCCACCCCCCUCAGCACCACCAUGGCUCGUCCCUGCAUCAACAGCCUGCCUCUCCCUCGGCAUAACAUUCUGGCUGAUCGCCUACGUCCUCAUGAUCCGCCGCUCACUAGCAACCCACGCGACGCCCGCACCGCUCGUCGCACUGGGUCUCAAUCUGGGAUGGGAAGUAGUCUACGCCUUUGGUGUAUGCGAAGCGCCCAUUGAGACGUACGGUUUCAUACUCUGGCUUCUUCUCGAUAUGGUUGUUCUCUACGCUACGCUUAAAACAGCGCCUAGGUCGUUUGCCUCAAGUCCGCUCAUAGCGAACAAUGUUGCCUUGUUGCUGUUCCUGGUUUUUGUGGCGGGUGUCAUAGGCAAUGGGUUGUUUGUGUGGUGGUGGCUUGAGGAGCCGCAUAGAGGGUAUGGCAUCAAAUGGGGUAAGAAUUGGAAGGGCCUUGAGGCGAGGGAUACUACGGAGUUGGCAUAUUGGUCGGCUGGUGUGGCGCAAAUGAUAUUCAGCGUCUCGGCAUUGGCUAUGCUUCUUCAGAGAGGCCACUCUGGUGGACAGAGCUAUGCAAUUUGGUUCUGCCGCUUCGUUGGCACCGUCAUGGGUCUGCCCGUCUCUUGCGGUCUGAUGUGGUGGUACUGGCCCGAGGCUCACGGCUUCGUUUUCCAUCCUCUUGGCGUCUUCAUUACUGGCACCUCAGUUGUUUGUGAUCUGGCGUAUCCAUUUUUGUUGGCCUACGUUAGAACCAGGGAAAAGGCCUUGCCUGAUGGAAGUCUCGUAGACGGAAGACUCGAGGCUGAAACUGAGAAGAAGCAGAAAUAG